GGUUGGUAAAUGGCAGAAACCAUUGCGUUGGUCGUGUGGAAAUCUUCUAUGAAGGAGAAUGGGGAACGGUGGUGUGAUGAUUCUUGGGAUCUGACAGAUGCUCAGGUUGUAUGCCGGCAACUAGGCUGUGGCAGAGCAAUUUCAUCACCUGGCAGUGCCUAUUUUGGUCAAGGUACAGGACCUAUUAUUCUGGAUGAUGUGAAUUGCAGAGGUGAUGAAAUAUUUUGUGGUACUGCCCACACCGAGGGCUGAAACAGCACAACUGUGUCCAUCAUGAAGACGCUGGAGUCAAACUGUUCAGGUUCAGAAUAUCCUACAGCGAACUGUGGGGGCAUUUUGACCAAUCCUCGAGGAGACAUCUAUAAGAAGUUUGGUGAUUCUUAUUCAUCGGAUUCCUGUGUAUGGUACAUUAGUGUUGCCAACAAUAACAGAAUUCAUCUGUCUUUCAACCAAUUCUUAAAAAGGAAUUCACAGCAUGUCAGGUGUCCUUCUGUGUUGGUUUAUGAUGGCACCCCACGUGGAUCAGUCUUACUUGGGAGCCUAUGCGAAACAGAAACCCGAAGUUUUAUUUCCUCAUCCAACAGCAUAAGUAUAGUGUACUCCAGUUAUAACGGCGGUCAAGACUUGGAAUUCUCUGCUUCAUAUGACUCAGUCUUCUCCAACAACAAUAAUGUAACUGUCUCAUGCCAUUCAAAUUACAUGGAUGUUAGGGUAGCUCUUGGCUAUCUUAAUUCUCUGGGAUAUUCUGAAAGUGAGAUUUUUCUCAAUGAUCCACAAUGUCGUCCUACCACUGUAUCAGGCUGGCUGAAAUUUCACAUCCCUUAUCAGCAAUGUUUAACAGUCAAGCAGGUUGAAAACUGACACUAUCAAUUACUCCAAUACCCUGAAUACCGACACAGAAAACCUCAUAGUGACAUACAGAAAAACAUAAAAUCUGUCUGUGAAAUGUCGGCUGUACCAAGACACAUAGUGAAGGGCGUGUACUAUCCUGAUGAACAAUUAAGAACUCAGUUUUGCAAUAUGGCUUGUAUUCUGCCAAUCUGACAUUCUUUCCCGACCUCAAGUUUUUAUACAACCCGUAAACACGCACCCAUACUUUGUAAGGCUCAACCAGCCUUUGUUUCCUGCAAGCCUCCUUAAUCACGAAUGAGACAUGACUUGACCUUUUGUAGAUACAUGCAUUGCAUCUCCUCAUGAGUUUAACUUUAACUGGAAGAGUUACAAUAUUGUUUACAAAGGUUGCAGCAGCCUCCCUGGUUAUAGGAUAUAUCCUUCCUCUACAAACAGCACAGUCCGGUUUGGAUUCGGUGCUUUAGCUUUCUGAAGAAACAUUCCGGUGUCUACAUUCAGUGUAGAUUGAGUGUGUGUCGUAGGGGCAGCCAAAGCUCGCACUGCAAUCAGAACUGUGUGCCAAGGCGUAAGAGAGCGGCUGAACCCCACCACUACGAGGAGGUACACGUUGUUGUUGGACCUGUUGAAGCUCUGGAAGAAUGAGUAAAUGGCUAACUCAACAGAUUUCACAAUUUAUAGUUUUACUAAUUUACGUUCAUGUCUUAUUGAUCUAUUCUUGCUUUGAGCUGGAAAUAAUAAUGUUGUAGUUAAUGCUGCUGGUUUAACACUUAUAUUAUAAAUCAAAUAUUAAACGCAUAAUAAAAACAAAAGCAACUGCAUUAUA